ACCCCACCGCACCCCACCCCGCCCCGCCCCACCCCACCAAUAAAAAAGGAAAAGAAAAAAGAAGCCAAACCCUCCUCCUCCUCCUCCUCUAUAUCUCUCUAAUGGAUCUUUGUUCUUUGAUAGAUUUACUCACAUCAUUAUAAUCGUCAGAUCUCUCUCUCUAGAAAGGUAAAGGAAGAGGAAAAUAGUAACAACAAGAAGAAACAGAACGAUGUCAACCCCAGCCAGGAAGAGGUUGAUGAGGGAUUUCAAGAGGCUGCAGCAGGAUCCACCUGCCGGCAUCAGUGGUGCUCCCCAAGACAACAACAUCAUGCUCUGGAACGCUGUUAUUUUCGGACCUGAUGAUACUCCAUGGGAUGGAGGGACGUUUAAGUUGACUCUUCAAUUCACGGAGGAUUAUCCGAAUAAACCUCCAACAGUCCGAUUUGUUUCACGGAUGUUUCAUCCAAACAUUUAUGCAGAUGGAAGUAUAUGCUUGGACAUCUUACAAAAUCAGUGGAGUCCGAUAUAUGAUGUUGCUGCUAUACUUACCUCCAUCCAGUCUCUGCUCUGUGAUCCAAACCCAAAUUCCCCGGCAAACUCUGAAGCCGCUCGCAUGUUCAGUGAGACUAAGCGGGAGUACAACCGCAGAGUUCGUGAAGUAGUGGAGCAGAGCUGGACGGCUGACUGAUAGUCCAUAUAAUCUCUUGAUGUUGGAAACAAUUAGAGUGGUUUGGUGGACCUGAAGUGCGCGCUUCUUUGAACUCACAGGUAGUGCUGUGCUCUGUAAUAUGCUUUGAUGUGCAUCGUUCUUAGAGGAUUCUCUUUGGAUGAUUUGUUUCUUGUCUUUUAGACAGCUCAACUGGAACUUGUUGAUUUUCUGGAUGUUUUCUCCUGAUUCUUCUAUAAUUUUCUAUUCCUGUAA